AUGAAUGGUACGAUGUAUGGUCAUGAUCCAUCUAUUGGAUUUUAUACGGGUAAUGGUCCAAUGCAUUCAUCUUAUGUUAAUUAUUAUCCAACAACAUUUACACCUAAUUCUCAUAUACAUCAAUUAUAUCAAGCUGUUAGACAGGAUAAUAUUAAAUCUCAACAACAAACAUUCAAUCCAUUAUCAUCGAAAUCGAAUAAUUCGAAUCAAUAUGGUAGUGAUAUACAACAUCAAUUCUAUCCAAAUAAUCCUCCACAACAAAUGACUAAUCCUAAUGUAUAUAAUUUUGAAAAUGGUGGGUUAGCUUCUAUUGCAUAUUAUGAUAAUAUUCAUGCACGUGUUCGAUCAAAUCCAGUUACAAAUCAACAUCAAAGUUCGAUAUCGACUAAUUCAAGUAUACAAUAUCCAUAUACUCAGUCACCAUCGAUGCAGCAAACACCAACGACUGUAAACAGCCAAGCUGAUCCAAAUUUUUUAGUAGUACCAGGUGCUCAAACAAAUAGAUCAUCAUCUCCGCUACAAUCAUCAACAGGUAUUGCAUUACCAGUGCCUGAUCAAUCUCAAUCUAUUCAAAAUAUGACUGAGAGUGAACUGUCACUUGAUUUUCCGGAAUAUUCAAUGGAUGCACUUAUUCAACGUUUAGUACCAACCGAUACUUAUAUUCCAAAGCAAUCAUUUAUUUAUCCAAUGCUUUUAUGUUCACGAAUGAAUAUUCGACCAAGUUUAUUAUUCAAUCAAUUAGCACGUUUAACGAUUAAAUCAAUAGCAAAUAUGACUCAUGAUCGAAGUAUUCGAACAAUGAAUAAUUUUCUUUAUGUUCUAUCACAAUGGACACGAACAUUUCCAUAUGAUUUUCGCAAUAGUGAGAUGAUGUUACAACUUGAAGAUCUUUUUAAAAAAAUCACUUCAUUUGAAUCAACACUUCAAUCGGAUAUUCAACAUAUCUAUAAAAAACUUCGUUCAAAACUUAAAGCAUUAGAUCAUUAUGAAGAUUAUAUUCGACAAUUGAAUAAAAAAGCUAUGUAUAAUCUAACUCAGUUAGCAUUAGUUACGGAUAUUAUGAAUGAAUGUCCAACAUCAAUAUUAUUUGCUCAACAACUAACACAUAUUGAACUGGACAGAUUAAAACCGGUUGGUGCAGAAGAAUUAAUUCAAUAUUUCAUAAUGAAAUUAGCAUCAGAAGAAAUACGAGCACAUCCAAAUAGAAAUUAUAAUACUGAUGCAUCAGCAUCUGAUGGUGAAACUCCAAAUCAUAAAUCUCAAAAAUUAGUACAUGAUAAAAAACUAACAUUCUGUCUUGAAGCAUACAUCCAAUGGUUUAAUCGUUUAACAUUUUUUAUUACAACAGAAAUUGUUAAACAUACACAGCGACGUUCACGUGUACGUUUAAUUAAUUAUUUUAUUGAUACUGCUUAUGAAUGUUUUCGUCUACAAAAUUUUAAUUCUAUGAUUGGUAUACUUGGUGGUUUAAAUAUGCAACCUGUUCGACGAUUAAGAAAAACUUGGGAAAAAAUUCAAUUAGAUAAAUUUCAACAACUUGAACAGUAUAUGGAUGUAUCAAAAAAUUUUGCUACAUAUCGUCUUGUACUUAAAGUAGCUAUGGAAGAAGCUGAAAAACAUGGAUGGGUAACAAAUAAAAUUGUUAUACCAUUUACUAGUAUUAUUUUACAAGAUGUUUAUUAUAUAAAAACACAUAGUAAAGAUCAUACACCAGCUGGUGGUAUUAAUUUAAAGAAAUAUUAUUCAAUGGCAAAAUUUAUUUCCGAAGAUUUUGUGCUAUGUAAACAGAGUAAAUGUUCAUUUGAACGAAGUGAUGAAAUUAUUAAUUAUAUUAUUACAUCUCCAACAUUUAAUGAAGAUUCUUUAAUGCUUGCUUCAUUCGAAUGUGAACCACCAGCAACUGUUACAGAAAAAGAAAAACAUCGAGCACUUCAAAAAUCAGUGAAUACAUCGUGA